GGAGGCCGGACACAUCCACCCUUGGAAUUGGUUCAGGACUCUGCUGUUAUUCUCCUUGCCCCUCUUGGAUUUUCUGGAUUCUUGAAGACGCGGUGGCCUGGGAGGAGAGAGGAAGGAGGAAGGAACAGAUCUUCAGAGGAAUGCAGAUACCCCAAGACUGGAUAAGUCAGUUUCUGGACCAUGAACAUUUCUUUGAAGAGAAGGCAGCUAGACAGUUUAUGCUGAGACCCUGCCUGGGGGUCUGAGUAAGGUAUAAUAGACUUUGAGCUGCAAGUACACUUUUGGGCACCCUGCUGAGCAUCCUGGGUCUGGGCAAGGCAUUUCCCUUCCAGUCUUGACCAGGUAGCCUAGCCAUGGCACUGAAAGGCCGAGCCCUCUAUGAUUUCCACAGUGAGAACAAAGAGGAAAUCAGCAUCCAGCAGAAUGAAGACCUGGUUAUCUUCAGUGAGACCUCACUGGACGGCUGGCUGCAGGGGCAGAACAGCCGUGGGGAGACAGGGCUCUUCCCUGCUUCUUAUGUUGAGAUUGUCCGUCCUGGCAUCACCACCAACUAUGUGGACUACCCUAGCAGCCUUGCAGGCUCCCUGAGUACCCAAGUGAGUUUGUAUAACAGCUCUAGUAUGGCCAACCCAGCCAGGAGUGGUGAGGGCAGUGGCUUCCUCUCAAACCAAGGAAGCUUUGAGGAUGAUGAUGAUGAUGACUGGGAUGACUGGGAUGAUGGAUGCACAGUGGUAGAAGAGCCAAGGGCUGGUGGCCUAGGUACCAAUGGGCACCCUCCACUCAACCUCUCCUACCCGGGUGCCUACCCCAGUCAGCAUAUGGCUUUCCGACCCAAGGCACCCUUGGAAAGGCAGGACAGUCUGUCAUCUGCCAAGCGGGGCAGUGUGGUGGGACGAAACCUUAAUCGUUUCUCAUGCUUCGUGCGCUCUGGGGUGGAGGCCUUCAUCCUUGGUGAUGUGCCCAUGAUGGCCAAGAUUGCUGAGACAUACUCCAUUGAGAUGGGCCCUAGGGGCCCUCAAUGGAAGGCCAACCCCCACCCAUUUGCCUGCUCUGUAGAGGACCCCACCAAACAGACCAAGUUCAAAGGCAUCAAAAGUUAUAUUUCCUACAAGCUUACACCCACCCAUGCUGGCUCACCUGUUUACCGGCGCUACAAACACUUCGACUGGCUCUACAACCGCCUUCUACACAAGUUCACUGUCAUCUCGGUGCCCCAUCUGCCUGAGAAACAGGCCACUGGCCGCUUUGAGGAGGACUUCAUUGAGAAACGCAAGCGACGACUCAUCCUCUGGAUGGACCACAUGACUAGCCACCCAGUGCUCUCUCAGUAUGAGGGCUUCCAGCAUUUCCUCAGCUGCCUAGAUGACAAACAGUGGAAGAUGGGUAAACGCCGGGCAGAGAAGGAUGAGAUGGUGGGUGCCAGCUUUCUUCUCACCUUCCAAAUCCCCACAGAGCACCAGGAUCUGCAGGAUGUAGAGGACCGUGUGGAUACAUUCAAGGCUUUCAGUAAGAAGAUGGAUGACAGUGUUCUGCAGCUUAGCACUGUAGCAUCAGAGCUGGUGCGGAAGCAUGUGGGAGGCUUCCGCAAGGAAUUCCAGAAACUAGGAAGUGCCUUCCAGGCCAUUAGCCAUGCCUUCCAGAUGGAUCCUCCCUUUAGCUCUGAGGCCCUCAACAAUGCCAUUUCUCACACCGGCCGGACCUAUGAAACUGUUGGUGAGAUGUUCGCUGAACAGCCCAAGAAUGAUCUCUUCCAAAUGCUUGACACACUGUCUCUCUACCAGGGCCUGCUCUCCAACUUCCCUGACAUUAUCCACCUGCAAAAAGGUGCUUUUGCCAAAGUGAAGGAAAGCCAGCGCAUGAGUGAUGAGGGCCGCAUGGCUCAGGAAGAGGCAGACGGCAUUCGCAGGCGCUGCCGUGUGGUAGGCUUCGCCCUGCAGGCUGAGAUGAACCACUUCCACCAGCGCCGUGAGCUUGACUUCAAGCAUAUGAUGCAAAGCUACCUGCGCCAGCAGAUUCUCUUCUACCAGCAGGUGGGCCAGCAACUGGAGAAGACCCUUCGCAUGUACGACCAUCUCUGACCAACUGUGGCCACAUAUGCAAGGCCUCUCCCAUCUGGACCUGGUCACUGCAGUCCACCCCACUCCAGGCCUCCCAGCCACUAGCAGUGGCUCAGGUGCUCAGGAGUGGAUGAGGUGAGUGAGUGGCUUGUUAAAAGUCCUGGUACCCCUGGAGAAGUCUUCCCUCGCUUUAGAGAUGGGUGAAUAGAGAUAGUUCUCUGAGCCAAAGCCUGGGCUGCUGGUCAGUCCCUAGAGAGCAGGCUUCUCUGGAGCCUAUAGUGCACGCUCACCUGGCCACCACAUCCUGUUUAUUCCCUGGACUCCACUGACUGCUGUGGCCAUGGCUGAGACAUUGAUGACCAAGUUUGGAACAUGCCUGUCCUGGAAGAGCCACCUUUCAAGAUGGAUAUCAGAUAAUGCAGUAUGGCAGUGACACUUAAGGAUUCAUGGAAACUCCUUGAAGGAGCACAGAAUUCUGCUGGUCAGGGGACACUACACGGAGUAGGUAACAUUCCAGAAAUAUCUUGAAGAAUUACAAGGACCUACAAGACAGUAAAUGGAGUGAAAGACAUUUUGGGGAGAGGGCCGUUGUCUCUCCUCUUCCUUACCUUUCCCAACCAAAUUUGGUGUCCUCUUCAUGGGUUCUGAUCUUUAUGACAGAGGGAGGGAUCAUCCUUGCUCCAUGGUCCCUGGCUUUCCCUGCCCUACCCAUCCUUCUGCAGGAGGGACUGCCGGCCAACUCCCUCCUAUAGGUCUUGGACUCCCCUCUACUGUGGUUGGGGACACCCCCCCCCCCACACACACACACUUCUUUGAUUAAGGGACUAUGCAGCAAAUUUCCCUUCUCUGGGCUCAAGGUGCUCAAGCCAUGAAGCACUGGGCCCCAGUGUUGCCCUUCUGGAGGAGCCCUCAAAAGUUACCAGUAGUAACUCCCCAUUCUAGCAAGUCCAGGUCCUGAGCUCCCAGGCACCUUUGCUUCUGUGGGCUGGUCUUCUCAAAUCCUUCUCAUUGCACAGUGGGAAAUCUGAGAGAAAGAAACCCGGAACUUUAGACCCUCUGCUCCCGGCCAGACUCAUGGUCUAGUUGUGCCACUACCGACUAUGUUUACAUUCUCCAGGAGGUACUGCCCCUUUACCCUUCAGGCCAGGAUGUGGCCAGCAGCAUGUUGUUGGGAAGUGACCUUGUCCCCCUUGCCUUCCUGGGAAGCCAUGGUCUGCUCCUGGGUCCUGCUGCUUGACUCUUUUUUCUUGAUAAACCUUUUACAAUACUGUAACAGAA